ACAAAAAAAAAGAUAUGGGUCCAACCUCUCUUCUCUCCUUCUUUUUCACAUUCUUGACCCUCUUCCAUGGCUUCACUGCUCAGCAGUGGCCUAACGAGUGCCAGCUCGAUCAACUCAAUGCACUCGAGCCGAGUCAGAUCAUCAGGAGCGAGGGUGGUCGCAUCGAGGCGUGGGACCACCAUGCACCUCAGCUCCGUUGCUCUGGCUUCGCCUUUGAGCGUUUCGUCAUUGAGCCUCAGGGUCUUUACUUGCCAACUUUCUUGAACGCCGGCAAACUCACGUUUGUCGUUCACGGACAAGGUCUAAUGGGAAGAGUGAUUCCUGGAUGCGCCGAGACUUUCAUGGACUCUCCAGUAUUUGGCCAGGGCCAGGGACAAGGUCAAGGUCAAGGUCAAGGUCAAGGUCAAAGCGAGGGUGGUCAAGGUCAGGGUUUCCGUGACAUGCACCAGAAAGUAGAGCACCUUCGGUGCGGUGACACCAUAGCGACACCAGCUGGUGUGGCCCAAUGGGUCUACAACAAUGGAAAUGAGCCUCUCAUUCUUGUUUCAGCCGCUGAUAUCGCCAACAACCAGAACCAGCUUGACCGCAACCUCAGACCGUUUUUGUUAGCCGGAAACAACCCACAAGGACAGCAAUGGCUACAAGGCCGCCAGCAACAGAAACAAAACAACAUCUUCAACGGCUUCGCACCUGAGAUCUUGGCUCAAGCAUUUAAAAUCCCUGUCGAGACUGCUCAAAAGCUCCAGAACCAGCAAGUCAACCGUGGCAACAUCGUCAAGGUCCAAGGUCAUUUCGGCGUCAUUAGACCACCCUUGAGACAAGGCCAAGGCCAAGGCGGUCAGCAACCACAGGAAGAAGGUAAUGGUUUGGAGGAGACUUUCUGCUCGAUGAGAUGCACCGAAAACCUCGAUGACCCGUCGGAUGCUGACGUGUACAAGCCAUCGCUCGGAUACAUUAGCACACUCAACAGCUACAAUCUCCCUAUCCUCAGAUUCCUCCGCCUUAGCGCUCUUCGUGGCUCCAUCCGUAACAACGCUAUGGUGCUGCCGCAAUGGAACGUGAACGCAAACGCCGCACUCUACGUGACAAACGGGAAGGCUCAUUUACAGAUUGUGAACGACAACGGGCAAAGAGUGUUCGACCAAGAGAUCUCUAAGGGACAGUUAAUUGUCGUGCCACAAGGCUUCGCGGUCGUGAAACGUGCCACAAGCCAACAGUUCCAGUGGAUCGAAUUCAAGAGCCACGACAACGCACAGAUCAACACACUCGCCGGACGUACCUCAGUCAUGAGAGGUUUACCACUCGAGGUUAUAUCCAAUGGGUAUCAGAUCUCACCCCAAGAAGCUAGACGUGUUAAGUUUAACACCCUUGAGACAACAUUGACUCAUAGCAGUGGUCCUAUGGGCUAUGGAGUGCCUAGGGUCGAGGCUUGAAGUAUGAGUUAGUGACGGAACAGCGUCUGAAUGUUCGGUUUUGUACGGUUUGUGAUAAAAAAUAAUGUACAAAAGAAGUUCGACGCUUUAAGGCAACUGUUUUGUUUUUGAGUUUUUAAGGACGCCUAGUGUACAACAACGAACGUCGUAUAUAGAAGCGAUCGUAGUUGACACGGGCAUGUAACACUUUGCUGAAUAAAAUCAUAAUUAGACUUUUUCUCCUCUAAUUUAUAUAUCUUUGCUAAUCAUGAC